CAGCCACCACCCUCCAGGGGAAGAGCUCGGCGCCCCUUUGCUGGCCCAGAGUUCGUGUGUCCGAUGUAAAAACCCGCACUGGGCUGCGCUAGGAGUAACUCGGGGUAGAGCAUUAGUUUUUGUCUAGGUCCGCAUUGCUUCAUCGUGGUAUAGUCAAGAUACAGGUUACAGAGACGAAAAUAAUAAAUCCCCAAUAAUGAUAAGUAAGUUAAAAUAUUUUGGAGGCCUGUUCAAAGGUGACUGGUAGUCUGGCUGUGUCCCACAGUCUGCCUGUUGAUUACCCCUGGAGUGACUAGUCCACACUGACUGUCCUAUCCCACUUCCAUACUACUCAGUUUUUGUCCAAGUCCCUUUCCUGUGUUGUCAGGUUUGACUUAUCCAGGUGCAGCAGGGAAAUCUUAAGAUACAUGUAACUCUUAUUUCUCUCCUCUGGCAAGUAAAAUGCUAGAAGAAAAAUCUUUAGGGGACCUCAGAUGGCAGCAAGAGAAAAUAAUCUAUCACCCUAACUGCUUAGCUCAGUAAUGACAUUUUAAGAGGGACACUUGCUGCUAGCCACCAUGUUUGUUCUAGUGGAGAUGAUGGAUACGGUACGGAUUCCUCCAUGGCAGUUUGAAAUGAAACUCAAUGACUCCAUUGCAGAAGAGCUAAAUAAGAAGUUAGCUAACAAGGUUGUGUACAAUGUUGGCCUCUGCAUCUGUCUAUAUGACAUCACAAAGCUGGAAGACUCGUACAUAUUUCCUGGGGAUGGUGCAUCGCACACUAAAGUGCAUUUCCGGUAUGUGGUAUUCCAUCCCUUUCUGGAUGAGAUUCUGAUCGGGGAGAUUAAAGGCUGCAGUCAGGAUGGAGUUCAUGUUUCUCUUGGUUUCUUCGAUGACAUUGUCAUCCCUCCAGAGUCCCUGCAGCAGCCAGCCAAGUUCGAUGAAGCAGAGCAGGUCUGGGUGUGGGAAUAUGAGACAGAAGAAGGGGCUCAUGACCUGUACAUGGACACGGGGGAGGAGAUCCGCUUCCGGAUAGUGGAUGAGAACUUUGUUGACACAUCUCCUACAGGUCCAAGCUCCACGGAGGCCUCCACCUCUGGUGCCACAGAAGAGAUUCAGAAGAAAGAGGCACCCUACACUCUGGUGGGAUCUAUCAGUGAGCCUGGCCUGGGUCUCCUCUCUUGGUGGACAAACAGUUAACAGCAGUCAGAACUUGUUCUGCACAGACCCUACAGGAUGGAUGCUUUCAGGGAUUGCAAGAGCCAGCUGGGGCCCUGCUCCCCUCCAGGCAGUGGACAAGAAGGCAGGGCUUCCAUGUUCCUGUCUGCUCCCCACCAGGUCAAGCUGAUAACUGGCAAGUAAAACUACAGACGUGGAAGGGCUGCCCUGUUUUGCGGGCCCAACAGCCACAAACCCAUCUGGGACUUUGACAUCCUGGAAAGCAGAGCAAAAUUGGGUUCAAAUGCCAAAGAAAGUCUGCUGUCUUGGAAAAAAACAAUCUUGAGUUAUAGUGGUGCUGUCUGGCCAGAAGAAACUGGUAAUUCCCUACCACACCCAGUCUCCUGACUUGAGAAAUGUAAUGAGGUGUAAGCAAAGGCCUGUCUCUCCUUUAGUGGAAGUGUUCAUAUCUCCUUGGCACAAAACGAGGUGCUGCUGUCUGAGCAUGAGAGAGAACCAAAGUAUGAGGGGAAUACAUUGGCUCUUCAAGCCAUUGUAAACCCUGGUGAUAAAAGGAUGGGAGUCCAGCCCAAGAGAGCUGGAGUUCUGUUACAUGAAUUGCUAUGAAGAUGGAAGGGUGACAGCUUGCUGGGAAGCAGUUUAGCUUUUGGUUUCUAAUCCUUUGCUGUCCUCUGAAAACAACCACCUGCUAUGGUGCUGAAGUGAGAUGCUGUAAUACAGUGCAUGGACUGUAGUCUUAUGCAAAACAAGCUCAGUUCUACAGGUGGCUUGGCCAAAAUGGUCACAAUUUUAGGAGAGGCCAUCUUGCUGAAUAAAGCUGUAUUUCCAAUCCCUUAAGGGGAAGGAGGGCUGGUUUUAAUAUUAGAUGAAUAAUUAUUACUGGCCAUACACAACCCAGCUUCCUCUCUAUCAGGAACAGACAAACCCAGGCUCCUGCAGCCUGGGAUGCUUACUCCAUCUUGAUGCAGAUACAUUCUAGUUUCUACUUGAGGAGCAGCAUUAAACACAGGAACCAAAUUCAGUUACUUUUGCUGACAGCAAUGAAAGGAAAGCAGGGAACAAAAAGUUAGUGGGAGCCUGCAGGGCAGGGAGCCAGGACUGUAAUGUGUUUUGCAUGAUUAAAUAGCAGCCAUUUUGUGGGGGCUAAAAUUCCAUUGGAUGGUGCUUCUGCUGAUCUCAAACCAUGAAAGCAAAGCUUAAGUCCCUGGAACCAUUCCUGCAAUGUAAUUACAGCUCCUUAUGUCUAAGCUUGGCUCUUACUAGUUCAUAGAUUUAAUCCAAAGGAAGUCUAGAAUUCAUCUUAGCACAGCCAUCUGAAUUUAUGAAGUCCCUUCUGUGCUGUCACCAGCUUCUCUAAUGAAGUAUAGCAACACUGACCAAACAUUGCUCUAACAGGGCUGCUAAUGGGAAAGAAAGGUAUUGUAUUUUACAGAACUUGGUAGCUUGGAGCACAUUUGAGCAUGUUCUAGGAAUUGGCUUCAAGGAGAGGAUGCUUGUCACACAGAUUCAUCUUUGUAUGUUAAGGCACUUUGGCUGUGUGAAAACUGGAUUCCAAGCAGCUGAAGUCUGACCAAUAAAAACUACUGGUGGUGUCA